CUGGACUGUCUGCAGUCUCUGGUCAUCCCCUGUACUGUCUGCAGUUUCUUGGUCAUCCCCUGUACUGUCUGCAGUCUCUGGUCAUCUCCUGUACUGUCUGCAGUCUCUGAUCAUCCUCUGUACUGUCUGCAGUCUCUGGUCAUCUCCUGUACUGUCCGCAGUCUCUGGUCAUCUCUUGUACUGUGUCCGCAGUCUCUGGUCAUCUGUACUGUGUUCGCAGUCUCUGGUCAUCUCCUGUACUAUGUCCGCAGUCUCUAGUCAUCUCCUGUACUAUGUCCGCAGUCUCUGGUCAUCUCCUCUACUGUGUCAGCAGUCUCUGGUCAUCUCCUGUACUGUGUCCGCAGUCUCUGGUUAUCCCCUUUACUGUUCCGCAGGCUCUGGUCAUCUCCUGUACUGUGUCUGCAGUCUCUGAUCAUCUCCUGUACUAUGUCCGCAGUCUCUGGUCAUCUCCUGUACUGUGUCUGCAGUCUCUAGACAUUUUCUGUACUAUGUCUGCAGUCCAUUGCUUCAAAAUAUUUUUUUUCUUUUUUUUUUUUCACCUCUAA